AUGACGGAUUUCGACAAUACUACCAAAAGCUACUGGAUACAGACUCCGCUUAGACCUCAACUUGUUGCAGUCUACACAAUCAUAGCCUGCCUGGCUGUGCUUGGUAACGGCAUGGUCAUCACCGUCAUGCUGCUUAGGCGACGAGUGUUCCGCUCCUUCACAAAUCGUCUCAUCCUGCAUCAGUCAGUCAUCGACUGUGUUACCGGAGUUGUGUUUUUCGUGUGGCGGGUAGUUUUACAGAUCAUCCAAAAACCAGUGUUCUUCGAGGGUAAUAUAAUAUAUGCCCAGUUAAUCUGUCGGUUCAUUACCGUAGAUUUUUUCGUGUGGUGUAUGAAUGUGACAUCCACCUACAACCUUGUCAUCAUAUCGCUGGAGCGGUUUAUGGCGACUUGCCACCCGGUAAAGCAUCGCAAUACUUGGACCUCAGUAAAGCUGAAGUUUGCCAUGGGAACUGCCUGGGCCAUUGGCUUCAUAUACGGUUCUCAAUUUGUAUUUAUGUUUGAAGUUAAUGAAGGAUAUUGUCGACCUGCGCAGUUGGAAACUGGUUUUAAGGUUUUCCAUGCCUUAGCAGGAAUUACUUUUGAAUACUUGGUUCCCGUUAUCAUUUUGAUCUAUACAUACAGCCGAAUAAUCAUCACGCUUACCAAGAAAUCUGCUAAUCCAAUGAAUGGUGCUCGGAAUACCACGAAUAAAGCAAAGAAAAACGUUCUUGUUACGACAAUGCUGAUAGGCAUAAUGUUUGUGUUGUGCUGGACACCAACAGAAGUGUUGGCCGUGUAUAUACAACUCUCGGAUGAUUGGAAAACUCCGUUGUACGAUAUCUUUACUAGCCUAGUGGCGUGCAACAUGCUCGUCAAUCCGGUCAUUUACUGCUUCAAGUACGAGAAAUUUCGCUCAGAGCUGAGUAAACUAGUACUCGAGCGGUGUCGUAGAAAUCGAGUGGAGGAUGGGAACACCAUUUCAAUGUCAGCUGCUUCCUCACGAAUGAAUACAAAUCGAAUGCAUGUUGGUGAAUCAUCUUGA